AUGUCCUUGCCAACCGGAAACCCCGUCCUCGACGGCCCCAAGAAGCUCGCCGCGGCUUUCCCUAACAAGGAGCUGUCGAUGGCUUCUCUCUCGGUUCACGCCGACGACUACAUCAACAACCACCAGGCCGUUGCGCCUCCCAUGCACGUUUCCACCACCUUUCGCUAUGCCGAAAACCCAGACGACUUGAGGCCAUGGGCCAACCUUAACCCCAACGCCCCAUACGACUCCCACAUCUACUCCCGCGACUCAGCCCCUAACUCCACCCGCCUCGAAGCCAUCCUGACCUCCAUCCUCGGUGCCCCCGUCCUCACCUACGCCUCCGGCCUCUCCGCCUUCCACGCCAUGAUCGUCUUCCUGAACCCGCGCCGCGUCGCCAUCGGCGGCGGCUACCACGGCUGCCACGGCAUUCUCAAACUCAUGAAGAAGCUCAACGGACUGGAACAACUCGAGCUCGAGUCCGACGCCGACCUCGCCAAGCUUCAACCGGGUGACAUCAUCCACGUCGAGACGCCCCUCAACCCCACCGGCGAAGCCCGCGACCUAGCUUACUACCGGCGCAAGGCCGACGAGCUGGGUUGCUACUUGACCGUUGACGCUACCUUUGCUCCCCCGCCCUUGCAGGACCCGUUCCAGUUUGGCGUGGAUAUCGUCAUGCACAGCGGUACCAAGUACUUCGGCGGACACAGCGACAUGCUGUGCGGCGUGCUGGCGUUCCGCCCCGAUAAAGCCGAGGAGUGGCUGCCGGAGCUGAGGGAGGAGAGGCUGCACGUGGGCGCGGUGCUGGGGAGUCUGGAGGGGUGGCUGGGCGUGCGCAGCUUGCGGACGUUUGAACUGCGGAUCAAGAGGCAGGCGGAGAGCGCGCAGAAGCUGGUGGAUUGGUUGGUGGAGGAAAAGGCGAAGGAGGGCAGCUUGAUCAGUGAAUUCGUGACGAGGAUCCAGCAUGCUUCGCAGCAGCCGGAGGCCAAGGAGGAGGGCAGCUGGUUGAGGAAGCAGAUGCCUCGUGGCUUCGGACCGGUGUUUUCGAUUUAUCUCCAGUCGGAGGAGCAGGCUAAGAGGUUCCCUAGCAAGUUGCACUUGUUCCACCAUGCUACUAGCUUGGGUGGCGUUGAGAGCUUGAUCGAGUGGCGCGCCAUGAGCGAUUUGGGUAUUGAUAAGAGGCUGUUGCGCGUGAGUAUCGGCGUCGAGGCCUGGGAAGAUCUCCGGGACGAUCUCAUUCAGGGCCUUGAGGCAUUGAAGAAGGAUCCCAAGGCGCAGUAA